UUUCUGAAGGAGUGACCUCACAUUUUCAUUCUGCACUGAGCCCCACCAAUUAUGUAGCGGGGAGUCCUGCUUCUAGCAAUCUACGAAUGUUUGCCUUCAGAGAAUUCUUUAAACCCUAGGGUAAAAUGGCCCGAGGACUUGAGGAAGUGUUCCAGAAUUAGCCACAGACUGUCAUCAGCGUUUCCAGAGACAGAGCUGAGAGGGUCUUUGCCUUGGCUGGCAGGCAGACCCUUCUCAGGCCUGUUCCGGCCUGCCUCUUACCGACGGCUCUGCAGCAUCGCAUCUGGAGUGUGGCCAGAAAAUUCUUCAGCUCGGUGGAAGAGGAUGAGGACAUGCUUGACUUUUGCAGAGUUAAACACUUGGAGAAACUUCCGGAAGAAAGCACUUGGUACAAGACAAGGCAACUCAAACUUGAAGACAUGAAAUCCCUGAGGAGAACCACUUUGUGCUUCAUGAUUAUUGUGAUUGUUUCUUCCCAAGCUACACUGAACUUGAAUUUCGAGUCUAUUGUUUAUCCUUCGCUUCUCCGUGAACACGAACUAGCAGGGGAGGACCCAGUAAGGCAAAAACGAGCUGUUGCCAUGAGCCGUCCUGCAGCCCAAGAGUUCACUGUUGAUGUUGAGGUCAGUUUUGAAGACGCCUCCUUCCUGGAGCUUAGCAAAGCUUACUUGAAUAACCUCAGUUUUCCAGUUCAAGGGGAUGACACUGACCCAGCUACCAACAUUUUGAGCAUCGAGGUGACAACAGUCUGCAGACCUACUGGAAAUGAAACCUGGUGCUCCUGUGAGAAAGGCUAUAAGUGGCCUCAGGAAAGGUGCCUCCACAAUCUCACUUGCCAAGGGCAUGAUGGCUCCCCUUCAGGGCAUCAUUGCAGUUGCCUUAAGGGACUGCCUCCCAAGGGACCUUUUUGCCAGCUCCAGGGAGCAGAUAUUACCCUGCGAAUGUCGGUCAGACUCAAUGUGGGCUUUCAAGAAGAACUCAGGAACUCUUCCUCUGCCCUCUAUAGGUCCUACAAGACUGACUUGGAAACAGCGUUCCGGGAGGGUUACAGUAUUUUACCAGGCUUCAAAUUGGUGACAGUGACAGAGUUCAGGCCUGGAAGUGUGGUUGUGGUGUAUGAAGUCACAACAUCAGCAGCAUCGCCUGAAUUAAUGCGCAGAGCAAACGAGCAAGUAACACAGAACCUCAAUCAGACCUACAAGAUGGACAGCAGUUCCUUCCAGGUUACUUACAGCAAUGAAACAAAGUUCUCCAUCACCCCAGAAAUCAUCCUUGAAGGGGAUACAGUAACUCUGAUGUGUGAGAACGAGGUCUUGUCCUCCAACGUAUCCUGGCAGCACGUGGAAACAGGCUUCGACAUCCAGAACAGCAGCAGAUUCUCCGUCUACACCUACGUGCUCAACAACAUGACCUCCGUGUCUCGCCUCACCAUUUACAACAUCACUCAGGAUGACGCGGGUGAAUAUAUUUGCAAACUGACAUUAGAUAUUUUUGAAUAUGGGUCCAGAAAAAAAAUAGAUGUUACAUCCAUCCAGAUUUUGGCAAAUGAAGACAUGAAGGUGAUGUGUGACAACAAUCCUGUGUCUUUGAGCUGCUGCAGUGAGAUGACGGUGAAUUGGAGUCAAGUUGAAUGGAAGCAAGAGGGGACUGUAAACAUUCCAGGAAGCCCUGAAACAGACACAGACUCUGGCUGCAGCAGAUAUACCCUCACGGCCGAUGGCACUCAGUGUCCGAGCGGAUUGUCUGGAACCACAGUGGUCUACACGUGUGAGUUCAUCAGCGCCCACGGAGCCAGAGGCAGUAAAGACAUAAAAGUGACAUUCACCUCUGUGGGAGAUAAUUCCAGCCACAAAGGGGAAGUGCGCGAGUUCCCAAGGCAUGUGAUGGAAAUGGGUACAGUUCAGAGCACCACCGAGAACAGCCUAGAAACAAGUAAAGCUCCGGAGCAGCAAGCCAACCUAAAAAUAACCCCGGACCCAAUUUCUGUUUCUGAGGGACAAAGCUUUUCUAUAAAGUGCAUCAGUGAUGUGAGUAACUAUGAUGAAGUGUACUGGAACACUUCUGCUGGAAUUAAAAUAUACAAAAGGUUUUAUACCACGAGGAGGUAUCCUAAUGGAGCAGAGUCGGUGCUGACAGUCAAGACCUCGACCAGGGAGUGGAAUGGAACCUAUCACUGCAUAUUUCGAUACAAGAAUUCAUACAGUGUCAUGGCCAAAGAUGUCACCGUCCACCCGCUGCCCCUAGAGCCCGAUAUCAUGGUUGAUCCUUUGGAAGCUGUCAUUCCAUGCACUAGCUCCCGUCACAUCAAGUGCUGCAUUGAGGAAGACAGAGACUACAAGGUCAUUUUCCAAGCUGGUUCCUCGUCCUUUCCGGCUGCAAAAGAAGUUAAUGGAAAGCAAGUGUGCUACAAACACCAUUUCGUGGCAAACUCAAUUUCCUGUCCAGAAAAUAUGGAUGUGUUUUGUCACAUUACCAACACCGCUAAUAAUUCAGUCCGGAGCCCAUCUAUGAAGCUUAAUCUGGUUCCUGGGGAGAACGUCACAUGCCAAGAUCCUAUCAUAGGUGUUGGUGAACCCGGAAAAGUCAUCCAGAAGCUUUGCCAGUUCUCGAAUGUUCCCAGAAUCCCUGGGAGUCCCAUUGGCGGGAUCAUAACUUACAGAUGUGUGGGCUCCCAGUGGAAGGUCAAGAAAAACAACUGCAUCUCCGCCCCAAUAAAUACUCUGCUCCAGCUGGCUGAGGCUUUGAUGAAGAGCCCCUCUCAGGAUGCGAAGCUCCCUUCAUACCUAAAGAAUCUUUCCAUUAGCACAAACCAGGUGAAACUUGAAGUCAACUCAUUUCCUGGGAGCCUGGGAGCCAUUAUUAACAUCCUUGAUUUGCUCUCAACAGUUCCAACCCAAGUGAAUUCAGAAAUGAUGAUGCACGUCCUCUCCACGGUCAACGUCAUCCUCGGCAAACCCAUUUUGAAUACCUGGAUGACGUCACAACAGCAAAAGACCAAUCAGAGCUCACAGUUACUGCAUUCAGUGGAAAGAUUUUCCCGAGCCCUGCGGUCAGAAGAUAGCACCAUCUCCCAACCUAAUGUUCAGAUGAAGAGCAUGGUCAUAAAAUCUGGCCAUCCCAAAUCCUACACACAGAGCUUUGUAUUCUUAGACUCUGACCUCUGGGGCAAUGUGACCAUUAAUGAAUGCCAGCUGGAACACCUGCAACCAGAUUCAUUUAUCGUCACCGUGGCUUUCCCAACUCUCAAAACCAUCCUGGCCCAGGAUGUUCCAGGAAAGACUUUUGCAAACAGCUUAGUGAUGACAACCAUUGUCAGCCAGAAUAUAACCACGCCAUUCAGGAUUUCGAUGACUUUCAAAAACAACAACCCUUCGGGCGGGGUACCGAGGUGUGUCUUCUGGAACUUCAACCUCGCCAACCACACAGGGGGGUGGGACAGCAGUGGGUGUUAUGUUAAAGAAGUCACCGAGGACAGUGUGUCCUGCAGCUGUGACCACCUCACAUCAUUCUCCAUCCUCAUGUCCCCUGAUUCCCCAGAUCCUGAUUCUCUCCUGAAAAUACUACUGGAUAUCAUUUCCUACAUUGGGCUGUGCUUUUCCAUCUUGAGCUUGGCAGCCUGCCUUGCUGUGGAAGCCGUGGUGUGGAAAUCAGUCACCAAGAACCGGACUUCCUCCAUGCGCCACAUCUGCAUCGUGAACAUUGCCGCCUCCCUUCUGGUCGCCGACGUCUGGUUCAUCGUGGCCGCCGCCAUCCACAACUACCGCUACCCACUCAACCAGACGGCCUGUGUGGCCGCCACCUUCUUCGUCCACUUCUCCUACCUCAGCGUCUUCUUCUGGAUGCUGACUCUGGGCCUCAUGCUUUUCUACCGCUUGGUUUUCAUCCUGCAUGACACGAGCAAGUCCAUUCAGAAGGCUAUUGCGUUUUCUCUCGGCUACGGUUGCCCUCUGGUCAUCUCCGUCAUCACGGUGGGGGCCACCCAGCCCCGGGAGGUCUACACGAGGAAAAAUGCCUGUUGGCUCAACUGGGAGGAUACCAAGGCCCUGCUGGCCUUCGUUAUCCCAGCACUGAUCAUCGUGGUGGUCAACGUGACCAUCACGGUCGUGGUCAUCACCAAGAUCCUGAGACCUUCCAUCGGGGACAAGCCAAGCAAGCAGGAAAAAAGCAGCCUGUUCCAGAUCACCAAGAGCAUUGGGGUCCUCACACCACUCUUGGGGCUCACCUGGGGUUUCGGUCUCGCCACCGUGUUCCAGGGGAGCAAUGCUGUGUUCCACGUUGUAUUUACCCUCCUCAAUGCCUUCCAGGGAUUAUUCAUUUUACUCUUUGGAUGCCUCUGGGAUCAGAAGGUACAGGAAGCCUUGCUGAAUAAGUUUUCACUGUCGAGAUGGUCUUCACAGCACUCAAAGUCAACAUCCCUAGGUUCAUCUACUCCUGUAUUUUCUAUGAGUUCUCCAAUAUCAAGAAGAUUUAACAAUUUGUUUGGUAAAACAGGAACAUACAAUGUUUCCACCCCGGAAAUAACCAGCUCAUCCCUGGAAAACACAUCCAGUGCUUAUUCAUUGCUCAACUAAGAACAGGAAAAUCCAGCCCAUGGAACCUCUUGGGGAACAGUGGACAUUCUCUGAAAAAGAGAUCCUUUCCAAGCCAUGGAUAAAAUGUUUUCUCCGCAGGCUUCUGGGAGCAGAUGCUGAAGAGACUUUUUCAUUAGGGAAGGGGCUUUCUUUUGUAAAUACAGACUAAAAGGAAUUGUUACAUUUAUGUUGCAGCCCUACCACCCUCACCCCUUGUGUGAUACCGAAUGUGUAUAGUAUUUAAGUGAAACUCAAGCCAACUUCUCUGUCUAUAUUGUAAAAUAGAAUUUCAGAGACAUUUUUACUUUUCACACCCUGGGCCCAAAGAUAAGCUUUGAUUAAAAUAAUAAGUGAAAGGCUAGGACCUAGGAAAUACUUCAGUGAAUUCUAGGAAGGAAGGAAGGAAGGCAAGAAGAAAGGAAGAAAGAAGGGAGGGAUGGAGGAAACUAGAAGGAAAAGAAAAAAAUAGAGAAGAACAACAUAAGGACCACAUUUUAAGAUUUCCGUGUUAAUGACCUAAUACAAUUGCUUCUCGUGUGCUGCAACCCUGAAAAUUCAAAAAUGACUCCAAAAUGGAAAUCGAAAAUUAGCCGUGGAGAAACUUCAAUAUCUUCCUGGUAUUUCCUUAGUUAAGAGGGACCAAAAAAAACAAAGGCAAUGAAAAACUUAGGGAGGAAAUUAUAUCAAAGAUGCUUUCAAGUGGAUGAUAAUAUUUACAAGAAAUUCAUAGAAGAAGACAUGAUUCUCCUGAUGCUAAACACAUACAUAUAUGCUACUGUAUGUUAAGGCUGGAGCUAAGUGGAAUGAAUAGACAGAGAAAGUGUGAUGACCAUGCUUUAUUAGAUCACAGCAGACCAACUGCUGAUUACACUUUUAUAGUUUAGCAGAAAAGCCUUAUGUUUUGCUUUGUUCCACUUUUUGAAAGCAAAAAAUAUAUUUUUUUAUAUCCAUUCAUUUCCAAAUGUGAUAUAUUGCACUGAAAUACAGAACCCCCCUCAACUGUCAUAUAUUUAACAGCUUUAACCAGGUACUUUUCUGUGCAUGAUAGAAUAGAUUUUAAUGACCUUACAGCAUUGUAUAUUAUUAUUGUAGUUACUGUGGAUUUAGGGGCCCUGGGUGUGUUGUAUAGCUCUCUAUGUAUUCUUUCAGUUCCUAAUUUCCUAGACCAAUAUACAUUAAGAGUUUUCUACUGUCUAAUUUGUGUUUAUUCCAACCACCUGGAAAUCUUCUAGAAAGAAAUUUUACAACCAGCUAGUCUGUGCUCCUGAUGACACUUUACCUUGAUGAACAGAUGGUGAAGAUUGUUUGUGAAUUAUGUGCAUGUGUGUAUUUUGCUUGUGUGUGUGCACUUCAUAAAAAUACAAAGAUUACAAUAGCAUCCUUAUCAAAGUUAACCAUGUAAUGCCGCGGAGCAAUGAAGCCCCUGUGCCACAACUACUGAGCCCACGUGCCCUAGAGCUCAUGCUCUGCAACAAGAGAAGCCACCGCAGUGAGAAGCCCGCGCACCGCAACGCAGAGUAGCCCCCACUCGCCGCAACUAGAGAAAGCCCGCGCGCAGCAACAAAGACCCAACGCGGCCAUAAAUAAAUUAAUUAAUUAAAAAAAAAUGUUAACCAUGUACUGUAGCCACAGCAACCAUACAUUCCAAACCAGAGUCGGAUCCCAGGGAGACAGUGAAACGGAAUAAAAAUGUGGGGCUUCUCUGAAAA